CGACUACAAAAGUAAAAUUAUAGCGGUGAUGUUGGCAUCUCCAAUUUCUUGUACUCGGAGAAAGCGAGCAGUGGUGACUCACAGGUGUAGAUUGGUCAAAAUAUAACUAAUCCGCUUCGGUGAAAAUCGCGAGCGCAUUGCAUUUGCAUUUGCAUCAAUGGCGGGCGUUUCUCUCAAGUGCGGAGACUGUGGGGCUCUGUUGAGGACCGUAGAAGAAGCCCAAGAGCACGCCGAACUCACUUCCCACUCCAACUUCUCCGAAUGCACUGAACCCGUUCUCAACCUCGUUUGCACCGCUUGCUCCAAACCCUGCCGAUCCAAAACCGAGAGCGAUUUGCACACCAAGAGAACCGGCCACACUGAAUUUGUCGAUAGGACUUCCGAGGCGGUGAAGCCGAUUAGUUUGGAGGCUCCGAAGGUCGAUGCGACUUAUUCGUCGGAAAACCCUUCCGCUGCUGCGUCUACUGACCAGAAUGAAGAAAUGGUUGUUCCUGAAGUGGACAAAAAGCUGCUCGAGGAACUUGAAACCAUGGGAUUUUCAACUGCAAGGGCAACGCGGGCGCUUCAUUACUCUGGUAAUGCUGGCCUUGAGGCUGCUGUAAGUUGGAUAGUAGAGCAUGAGAAUGACCCUGACAUAGAUCAGAUGCCCUUGGUGCCUGCCAACACCAAAAUUGAGGCUGCUAAACCUUCUCUUACCCCAGAAGAACUGAAGGCCAAACAACAGGAACUAAGGGAGAGAGCUCGCAAGAAGAAAGAAGAGGAAGAAAAGAGAACGGAAAGAGAAAGAGAAAAGGAGAGAAUUCGUAUUGGCAAGGAGUUGCUGGAAGCAAAGAGGAUUGAAGAAGAGAAUGAAAGGAAACGGGUGUUGGCCUUGAGAAAAGCAGAGAAAGAGGAAGAGAGAAGGGCUAGGGAGAAAAUCAAGCAAAAGUUGGAAGAAGACAAGGCAGAAAGAAGGAGGAGACUUGGAUUGCCUCCAGAGGAACCUUCAGCAGCCAAACCAUCUCCCGUUGUGGAGGAGAAAAAGAGUUUUGUGCCUGUUAGGCCUGCCACAAAAGCUGAGCAAAUGAGAGAGUGCCUCCGUUCUCUCAAGCAGAACCACAAGGAGGAUGACGCCAGAGUAAAGAGAGCAUUCCAAACUCUUCUAACGUAUGUAGGGAAUGUUGCCAGAAAUCCCAAUGAGGAAAAAUUCAGGAAGAUACGCCUUACUAACCAGUCUUUUCAGGAAAGAGUUGGUUCCUUGAAAGGGGGCAUUGAAUUUCUAGAAAUUUGCGGGUUUGAGAAGAUCGAUGGUGGUGAGUUUUUGUUUUUGCCUAGGGACAAAGUUGAGAUGGCGGUACUGAAUUCAGCUGGAUCUGAACUAGACUCUGCAAUAAAGAAUCCCUUUUUUGGAGUUCUUUAGACGAGACAACUGUUAUUAUCAGAGGCUUGACAAUUAUAGUCUCAUUUCAAAGUCGAGUGCUACCUUUUGUUCAUUAAACAUACUCUGUUGUUUAUUUACCUUAGCUGGAAGGUAUCUACAGAGACGUUUAACUUGAUUGUCAUAUAAGUUUGAGGUUUAUAGAAAGUUGAGUCUUAUAUCUAAUGAUAAUG